CUCAAUGCGCAUUAUAACCCAUGUCUGUAAAUUCAAGAUACACGCGUGUAUUUUACAGAUGUUUUGCAAUAUCUAGAACAACAUUUGAACCAGUCGGUUCAAUUUACAUGCAAAGCACGUGAAUCUUCAUUAUAAAAGAUACCGUUUCUCGAUGUCAUUACAUCAUAGAGAGAAACUCUAUAGAACAGGAAUCCUAUUGUAGUAAAUUUCAAUUACGGUAAAUCACGUUAAUUUAGAGUUGUUACGUUCUCGCUCGUAACGAAGUCAACAUUUUCCGAAAUUGAUACUCGUCCAACGACGAUCGACUGAUCGAUAAUACGGGAGUAAAUUGUUCGAUUCAUCGAUAGGCGAACGUUUAUCUCCGCGUAGAAUGACAGUUCUACGAGCCCAGGUACCAGUGUACGAGCGUGUAUGCAAGUACUUGUUCCAUUAUCAUUUAAUCCACGUGAUGGCCGAAAAUUUAUGGUUAUUUUUUUGACUUCUCCAGGCGUGACUCAGGCGGUUGAUCAUCCUCCGUUUCAUUGAUGUCAUCGGCUGCGCGUUAUGGGUGACAAAGGGAGACCGAUUGAAAACACCUAGCGCAAAAGUGUGACUUCCGUUACGCGGAAUGACUGUGAUUCGCUCCGGAAGAAAAUUCUAAAGUUACGUCGUACGCUUUACACGGACGGUUAAUGGAAUCGUGUUUACCAUUGUCAGAAGUCGGAUAGGAGUGUUUGUUAAAUGAUAUCGGAAUUGGCGUAGCUAACACUGACGGCGCAAUGGAAAAAUUUGCUAUCGAUUUGGACAAGGUUUUGGACGAUUUCGAAUUCAACGAAGAUUGCGCAGAGCAAAUAGCAUCUGUUAAUCCUUCGGCAAACAAUGCGUCAUCUUCUUCAGUUAAAUGUAAUCUAGAACCUUCAGCUUUGAAGAAUUAUAAUUAUCUUCUGAUAGAACCUAAAAAGGCCAAUAAGGAAUUUGAUAUUAUAUUGCCCGUAGAGAGGCGCAAAGAUUUGCAGGAGGUAAACACGAAGAAUAAAUGUGUCAAUGAAAAUGACACAGUCUCUGAGAAUCUCAGUUAUAAUGCAGAAGCAGCAGCAGUAGAAAAUACGGAUGUAAAUCAAUUUUAUACAAAUGAAUGCACAAGUGAUAAUAAGCUGGUACAAAAACAAUCUGUUUCAUCUUACGACUCUGACCAAGUUCCCUUGGCAAUAUAUAACGACAUAUCGCAGAAGGUUAUACAGAAACAACAGAAUAGUAGCAACAGUCCAAAGAUUGACAAUAGGUAUGAUAAGAAAUUGAACCAGUUUAAUCUGAAACCUAGCGUUAGUAAUGUUUUUAGCAGUCUAAAUGAAUACAUUAACGCUCCACCUGGAAGUUCAGAUUGCAUUAGUUCUGUAUUAAGUGAUUCAAAAAUACAGCCUGAUUUAGAGACUAAGGUACCUCACUGUCAGAUAAUUCAGAGCGCUGCUGAAGAUAGCGUAGCUGUUAAACCUACAGUAGACAUAACGAAUUCAGUUACAGAAAUUCCUGUCACAAGCUAUCAAGAUAACCCAGUACCUAUAGCAUUAGAAUUACCUAUCCCGUAUGAAACUAAUGUUAAAGAAGAUGUAAACAAUGUUCAUGUAAAGAAUUUCAAGCCGUUGGAGAGUGAAGCAGAAUUCUCCAAAAAUGUUGCAAUAAACGAAGCUUUUGUUGACUUCAGUGAUAAAGCAGAUAUUGAAAAUGAGAAUUCUGAUAGAGUGAAUCAAGAAAAUAAUUCUGUGCUUGAGUGUUCUUCUGUACAGGAUAAUUAUCAUGAGUGUAAUACACAGUUACAGGACAAUGAAAUGAAAUUAAACAUGGAAAGUAUUGAUAAAAAUCAGGAACACGGGAACAGUUUAAGUCAAGUACAUAAACCAAUUGGAUUUAGUAACAUUGAUAAUUUAUCGGAAGAUGAAUUGACCAAAUAUUUAGCUGAAUUAGAAGAAGAAGAGAAAUUAAGGGAAAGCUGUAAUAAAUAUGAAAACAUUAUAAAUAUAUCACAAAAUGUUGCUCAAGAUCAAAAAGAUGAAGAUAAACAGAAUAGCCAAGUUUUUUCAGAUACUAUUGUAGGAGCUUCCAAAAUGAUAGAAUCGGAAUUAAGUGAAAGGAUAGAAAACAUUUCAAUAACUAACUCUCAGAAAGAAGAAACGGAUAAACAAUUGCAAAGUGUACAACAAUCUGACGAUCAGAUAAAUAAAGAUAAACACAAAGAUAUUUUAAAUAAUCCAAAUAGUAAAGAAUUAACAUUAUUGCAUACAGUUAACGUAGCUAAAGAUAAUAAAAUGAAACUAGAAAAUGAAUGUGUGCCUAUUGCAAAAGAUAUUAAAGACAGCCAAGAGCAUUCUAUGUACAGUUUAAAUAUUAAUCAGGGAUCACUAAACAAUAGUAAAACAAAAAUACAGUUGAAAGAGCAGAAAAUAAGUAAGCAAUAUAAUCAAGUUUGUGAUUUAAAAAUGCCAAGCGACAUCGAUAGUACCUCUGAAGAAAGAACUUCAGUGACAUCUGAGGAAAAUAUAUUAUCUGACAAUACAAAACAUAAUGGCGAUGAAAUGUCUACAUCUGUGGAUGUUUAUACAAAACCAAAUGUAAGUGACACCAGUGAUGAUUCAGAGAAGCCAAUACGACCCCAAACAUUGGAUAUUGUUUUGUCAAAUAAUAGCAGCGAACACCAAGUACUUGGCUCUACAAGUGAUACGCCAUCUUACCAAGUUCAAUCAGAUGUCGAUGGUACAAAGGAAGAGCAAGGAUCUUCGCCGGAUAUUUUAGAGAAUUCUUUGCCAGAAACUAGUUCAGUUUUGGGAAAACAACCACCAUUCUGGGUUCCUGACAGUGAUGCACCCAGUUGUAUGCUCUGUGAUGUUAAGUUCACUGUACUCAAAAGACGACAUCACUGUCGUGCAUGUGGAAAAGUAUUAUGUAAUAAAUGUUGUAAUAUGAAAUAUAAAUUGGAAUAUCAGGGAAACAUCGAUUCACGCGUUUGUGUUUCUUGUUAUCAGCUUCUUACUAAAGCUGAAACAGAACAAGGUAUGGGAGAAUGGUCUUCUGGUUAUUCCACAUACGCAAAUAAUAAUGAUAUCAAUUCACCUCAGGGGAGACAGCCUAAUCCAAAUAAUCCCAUGGAGUACUGUUCAACUAUACCACCCUUACAACAGUUAGCUGGCGGGUUGCCUCCACCUCCCACAGUUAUGGUACCUGUCGGAGUCCUUAAAAGAGAGGAUGGUACAAAAAGUCGACCUGAAAUUUCAAAAUCUGUUAUGUUCAGUGAUGGAAUAAGGCCUGGCUGUGACCUGACAGAACUAGACAUGUCGUGGGAUUUGAAACCACCGUACCGGAAAUCUGGAAGCAAACGAAUACCAACGCCUGGCUCAUCUGCUCCAAGCACAUCCGUCAAAAAGCAGAACUUACCACGUUUGGACCCAAAUACAGAAAGCUACGUGCCACAGGAUCCUAAUGCUCUUCCACCAACAGUAACAAUACAUAAAGGACAGGUAUCGUACCAUGCUGUGACGGACGAGAAUCUUCUUUACAAAACGUUGAAGAACGAGUGCGAACCACCCAUUAUGUUUGCCAUUAAUCGGAAUCUUUAUGCUUACGUUAAAAUAGUAACAUUAAAUUGUUGUGUUAACAAAACGUGUUGGAACGUAACAUCGAAAGGAUUGGACUGCGUUGGACAAGAUGAAGUUAUAUUGCUAAUCGAAGCGCUGCCUGAUGAAACUCGGGUGCCCAAGGAUCUCCUUCUCUUUAUCAACCAAUUACAUCUCGAAGCUAUGAAAGGAAACACCGUGUCCGAACUGGGAUUUUUAAUAUACCAGGGAGGAAAUUUCCUGGAUUCUCGGGAGCACGCAGGAUUCUUAUUCAUUCGGCAAACAUCGCAGUGCUUGCAGAAAAUUAUAUUACCUCCCGCCCCAUACUUAAUUGGCCUUCUAGUUCACAGGUGGGAAACGCCAUGGGCGAAAGUAUUUCCAUUACGCCUUGUCCUACGGCUCGGCGCAGAGUAUCGUUACUAUCCCUGCCCGUUGUUCUCGGUUCGGUUUCGAGAUGCAUUGUACUUUGAAAUAGGACACACAGUCAUGAAGGUUCUGGCAGAUUUCAGAAAUUUCGCGUACACGUUGCCGAGCGUGAGAGGGCUGACAAUUCACCUGAGAAACAGAAUGACAGACGUGAUGUUCCCAAGGAAUCGAUACGACCAAGUGAUCAAAGGUUUAAACAAUUCAAACGAUCACGUGUUAGCGUAUGCUUCAAACUUCAGCAUCGCUGCCGACUCGCAUUUAGUCUGUAUACAGACAAACACCGGUGAUGAAAGCACUUAUCAAACGCAAGCGAUAAGUAUCAACAAUAAUCAAAGAACAAUAACAGGCACCAGUUUUAUCGUUAUUAACGGGGCGUUGAAGUCGUCGAUGGGCCUGUCGGCCAAGUCCAGUAUAGUUGAGGAUGGAUUGAUGGUGGAAAUAAUGCCGGAAAAGAUGGAAGCGUUGAAGGCGGCUCUGAAAAAUAUGCAAGACUUCUCGAUCGGAUGUGGCCGACAAGGAGCGCCCGAGCCAGAUGAAACGGUGAACAUAAAAUGGGUCGAUAAUGACGUGCAGUUCAAUCUAGGAGUAAAAAGUCCUAUCGAUAGACAACCGAUGGAUGGUAUUCCUUCAAUCAGAGUACAUAAUGGUAUUGAUUAUAAGGGAACGAGUAGAUUUAUUCGAUGGACAGAAGUGUUCAUUAUCAAUUCCGACGAUCAUCCAAAUGGAGUUUACGACCCGGUGGAUAUAAACAAAUUAUCAGGAAAUAUAGCGAAAGCAACGUGUACAGCCUUAGUGAAAUUAUUGGACUUGUUGGCGAAUGCUGGUUUAACGAAACUUGGUGUAAGGACGACUAUUCAUCCCGACAACGUUGGUUAUGAAGCCGGUAGCGAAGGCAUGAAAUUGCCCCCGAUCUAUAUGAAGAGUUUAGACAACGAAUUAAUUCAAGUUCUGCAUAAAGCAGCGCAAAGCAGUCAAGAUACACACACUGUGCUUGAAUUAAUUUUUUAUAUACUCGAUGAUUAAAACACCUUGCUCUGUUCGCUUCUAUUUUGUUAACAAUUUUAUUAAAUAUAGCGUAUACACGAAUAUAAAGUUCGCGACGUUUGUACACGGUCGAAAUGUAUAGUUAAAACAAACUGGCGGAACCAUUGAGAAAUAGAUCUUUUAAGGAGAAAAUAUUUUCUAUUCGAGUACUAACCAUCUAUAUAGAUAAUGAAAUACACACACAUACACAAAAAAAAAACAGCGCUUAUACUAUAAAAAUAUAUUGACUCAUGUUCGAGCAUAAAUAUAACAAGUAUAAAAAAAAGAGAGAAAAAGAGAUUGUGAAAUUCAAAGUUGAGAAUAGAUAAUGAAGUUUAUUUUAUAUUGUAUUAGCUUCAAUCCAUUGGAUUCUGAAACUUAGAUCUGUUUGCUUUUUAUGAGA